UCUUUCAAAUACAAAAUUAUUAACAAAAUGAUCAAGAGCACAUUUUAGGAAAGCAAAUUUACACAAUACCCCUUCUUGAAGUUCCCUUUUAUUCCACCGUCACUCCCAUCCCAUCCCCCUCACCCCUUUUCAUUAUAAUCUCACGCUCUCUUUUAUUUAAUCUCGUCCCUCACUCUCUCUGAGGUAUGCCCUUUCUCCUGUUGCUCUGCUUUAGUUCUUUUUUCUUUUCUCUCUCUAGAAUUUCGACUUCAUUUGAUUUCUUGAAAAUUCGUUCGAUUUUCGCAGAUUAAACUUCGAAAUUUUACAAACCCUGUUUGAGAUUUUGGGUUGAAAGAGCGAUCCCUGAAUAUGGGUCAGAUCCAAUACUCCGAGAAGUAUUUCGAUGAUAUUUACGAGUACAGGCAUGUGGUUCUUCCUCAGGAAGUGGCUAAACUGCUCCCAAAAAAUCGGCUUCUCUCUGAAAAUGAAUGGCGUGCCAUUGGAGUUCAGCAGAGCCGUGGCUGGGUUCACUAUGCAAUUCAUCGCCCGGAGCCCCACAUCAUGCUCUUCAGGAGGCCACUGAACUAUCAGCAACAGCAGGAGAACCAAGCCCAGCAGGUGCUUGCAAAGUGAUUGUUGUGUUCAAUUUCACCUUGUAAUCUCUAGAACUGAAAUGUUAGAUAAACAGGUUUAUGGUUUGUUCAAAAGUAAUAUGGAUGUUUGGGUCUUGGCACAGUAGGGUAAUUCUCUCAUUUGGAGAAUUGAGGCGUAGUGAUUAUUAUUAAUGUAAUCUGUGGUAUUGUUGAUGACUUUUAUAACGUACAUGGUUGUUUGUUUACCUCU